GGGUGCUCUAGGCCGUCCGUCUCCGUCCCCGCGUGCGUGUUAGAGAUAAGAUGUCCUCUUGCCAGUGACCCGGAACGGGGCUAGCUCUCGCCAUGGAGCUGCCGCUGUCUGCGCCGCGCGCGCAUGCCGCCGCUGCCUUCCCCCGCAGCCCCACUUCUAUCUCCCGCCUCCAAUGGGUAGCCACUCCCCACAGCCGCGCGCGCCCUCUGCACGCCCGCAGGAACAAGAACCCGAGGGGCGACGCCGCGGAGCCCAAAGUCAUCACCAUCGGUCGGCCCGGGAAGAAGAGCAAGCGGCGCGGCGACAAGAAGCAGGAUCAGCAGCAGCUCCCCGCGGACCAAGAAGAUGAAGACGACGAGGAGGAGGAUGACGAGGAGGACGAGAGGGACGUGGCGAUCCCGGAGGUGGUGACGAACCGGAUGAUGCGGCGUGUGGGGGCGUCGGUGGGGCUCCCGCUGGCGCUGGGGCUGGCCUUCUUCCCGGCCUUCUACUACCUGAAGAAGGUGGCGAAGGUGGACGUGCCAAGCUUCAUUCCCUACGGGCUGUCCUUCGUGUUCUUCGGGGCGGCGCUGGCCGGCGUGAGCUACGGCAUCGUGUCCGCCAGCUGGGACCCCGCCAGGGAGGGAUCCCUGCUCGGCUGGAACGAGGCCCGCCGCAACUGGCCCGUCUUCUGGGAGUCCUUCCGGGGCACCCCUCCUCCUCCGAGCCCUCCUCGCCGGGGACGAUGAUGAUAGGCUGUGGUGGUAACUCGGUUAAGCUUAAUUACUUGUUUCCCUCAGUUUCUUCUUCUCGCUGUACGCCUGUACGUAGCUGUAGUUGUUCUUGUGAGCGCGCGUGUGUGUAAAACAAUGAGAUUUUGUUGCCCAAUCACUCAACAGUAAGAGACGGAGCAGCAUAGCAAGUAGAAACCAUUCAUUACCGCAUAAUCCAAAGCAUAUAAUUACUUUCAAAAUAACUCUAGUCAAAAGGAAGAAACAUCCACUGCUAUUGCUGUUACAUAUCAAUUCCCACGGGAUGCACCCAACGAGGCUCGAAACAGCAAAGGCGGUCCUGUACCGCAAAGGGUUGUGCAUAAGAUCAGGAGGCUUAUAUUGAUAUGAUCCAACGGCGUCUUGUUUCCCCGGUGUCUACCUCUAGGUGUGAGCCAUCAUCGAUAGUGCCAAGAUGGUUACUAAUAAAUAGUAAUGCUGAUGCUGCAGUACUUCAUUGAUGAUCAAAUGAUGGGAGUGGGGGUGUGAUGUCCUGGCUCGCUUUGUCCAGACUCUUCAAGGGCUCAUCAUCCAAGAACUGGCUAAAGCAAUAGCAGCUUUGACCAAAGGUCUGCAUUUCGCUAUGUCGAAAGGCUACCGGCUAGUGAUGAUUCUGGCUUCAGAUUGUCUGAUGGUGGUGAACAAGCGACAGGCCACAGCUAGUUGAUGAUUUCAACUUCCAUUGCUCUUCGGAUUCAGAGUUGUUUCAUCUCUCAUGUUAAAUGUAUCUGCGUCGAGAUUGUACAAGAAUCUGCCAGUUCUUCAAUUUUCAUAAGAGUUGAAUUCA